AUGCGGCCAACCCCAGCAUUAGCUUUAUUUACGCUGGCCGCGACAAGUGGAACGCAUUCAUACGAAGUCCCGUUCGUAUAUGGAGACAAGAGUACGCAGGCGUGCUCUGGGAUGUGGGCGGGUCGCAAGACCUUCAUCAACGUGACCCUGGAUGAAAGACAUAGCACUGGCCAACUUGAGAUGCUCAUUUUCGAGGCAACGGAUGCGCAGUACAUCGGCAGACCACACCUGUCGACGGUGUCGUCGAGAACCUAUUUCUGCAACCCAUGGGACAUCAAGGGUGGCGUAUGUACUGAACAAGAGCGGGGGCACUUCCUGUUUGACCUGCCUAGCGACCUAUCUUUAGCAAAUACCAGUAUACGGACGAGUCGACUGAAGUUCUCCUCCGCGAAAUACCACUUCUCCGGAUCACCCGACCCUGUCUUUGAUGAGCUAGAUCAGACGAUGUAUGACCAGCCGGGACAAUCGCCGCUCCUUGAGCCCCUUGUCAGUCAGGAGAUACCGAGCCCGCCACUUCCAAUCCCGGAAAUAGAAUAUUCCUACCCUGUACAAUAUCCUGUUCUUGAAACUGGUUAUUACUGCGUCGCGUACCGCCCCGUGCUUCCGGCGCCGCCAUACGAACAUCCGAUUAUGCAUUCGUACUACAAAGGCAAAGUUCUCUUCCACAACGAUUUCGCGGGCAGACUGCCGGCAGCCGAGUAUGCGAAACUUGUGUUCUACGCUGCAACCUUUUCCUUGUACUCUUUAGCAGCUCUCGUCUGGGGAUCAAUCUACUGGCGGAAUCGCAAGAACAUGUUACCCAUCCAUGUGUCGAUAACUACCAUCCUUGGACUCGCUAACUUGUACACGUUGCUCAUGCUUGCUCACUUCGUGGCCAUGAAUUCUCAUAAACGCAGCCAUCCUUCCUCUAUCCUGCAUCUUGUGGCCCAUGUGGUCCGCGCGGCGUACUACACACUUACGCUUGCCGUUCUGCUAUCCAUUAGUCAUGGACUGAAGUCCGUUGGCGGUGACGGGAACUUCAAUCUAUUCGCCAAGAUCUGCAUAUCCUGUCUCUCGGUGUUGCACCUUGUGUUUGGCACUCUCUACGCCUACGGGAUGAUACUCGUACUGGAGUACUAUGUGAAUGGACUCAUCCUGAAGAAGUUCAAGGAUUUCCUAGUUCCACUCGAGGUUGCAACGGCCGUCUUCGUUAUAUGGUUCAUUUACUCGUGGACAGUAACAUUGAAGCGCAUGACCUCCAGAACUCAACGCGCCGUCCGCCAGAAGAUAACUCUGACAGGCUGCACAUUCAUACUCGCUCUCGUGUUGUACCUCGCGCUGCACGUCUACUUCUUUUACCGAUCCAAUCGCGGCAUGGCACACCAGCACACGGAAGCUGACGAAUGGCAACGCGUAUGGCUUGUCGACGGGCCAGCCGCCGGAUGGCGUGAGUUGGUCUAUAUGCCUGCACUGCUGAUUACUCUGUAUAUCUGGCGCCCUUCCGAAGCGAAGUAUAUGUAUAAGGAGGUGCCGCAAACCGAGGACGCCGUAGCGGCGGAGGAUGAAGCACAUCCCGACGGCGUGCUUGUAGGAGGCGAAGAUAGCGGUGUAUAA